AUACUAUAGUCAGUGUAGCAAAACUAUGGUUAAUUUGUAGUUACCAAACUAGUACCUAUAGUUUGGUUUCAUUUGUAGUAAAAGCAUGGUUAAUUUUCGCCAGGGAUGUCAAGGUCUACUGUUAUAUUUUUGGUUUGCUUGCUUUUUUAGAUGUACUUUUAUGUUUAUGCUGCGUAAACCACCUUAAUAAUAGUAAUUACUAUCGUAAAUAGUAAUUUUACCAUAUAGCUGAUCACGUGAUGCCAACAAAAGAGACCCGUUCCAUGUAGAAUAAAAUAGAUUUUUCUAAAACGUAUUUCAUAAUUUCUCUUAUCCCGUAAUUUUUUCAGACUUGCUGUUAAUUAUGUGUCAAACCUUUAAUAAGUGCACAUUUUGGUUGAUAGGAUGUGCUCAGCCAAUGGAGACUAUGCAGAGCGCACUGCGCAUGUGCGGCUCAGAGCCACUGUUUGAGACGGAAGACUGCGGAGUAUAUCUCCACAUACUGCGAACCACAAGAAAAACUCAAGAAAAGUGCAGCAGAACAUCUCAAAAGUAAGAUAUUUCUCUGAAGGAUCAGGUCAGAUCGGAAGCAUGUCAGGGUUUCUGGACGGGAUCAGAUGUGGCGAUUGCGAGUGUAAUGUGGACUGGGGUGAGAAGAGAAACACCAUCGCCUCCAUCGCAGCCGGAGUUCUGUUUUUUACAGGCUGGUGGAUCAUCAUCGAUGCAGCGAUAAUGUACCCUAAAGAGGAACAGUUCCACCACGCAUAUCAUACCUGUGGGGUUAUAGCGACUAUAGCCUUCCUCAUGAUCAAUGCGGUGUCAAAUGGCCAGGUGAGGGGCGACAGCUACAGCGAGGGCUGCUUGGGACAGACAGGUGCCAGAAUUUGGCUCUUCAUCGGGUUCAUGUUGGCGUUCGGGUCUCUCAUCGCCUCUAUGUGGAUUCUGUUUGGUGGUUUUGUUGUGACUGAUCAUAAGGAAUUGUCAGUGUAUCCUGGUAUUGCGGUUUUCUUCCAAAAUGCUUUCAUCUUCUUUGGUGGUCUGGUGUUCAAGUUUGGCCGAACUGAGGACCUCUGGCAGUAAAGAUCCAUUUCCUUCAAUCAAAUCCCACAGUCCAUCAACACACAAUUCUUCUGUACUUAUUGCUGCUUAUUUGCACUCUAUUUCUUUCUCUCCUCAACUGACUCACUUUCUUAAAUAUGUUCCUUCUUCCUUUCUUUGUCUCGUUUCCUGUGGCCACAGUGGGUGCCCACAGUGAGAGAAAUGCAAAUCAAAUCCAGUCUCUGCAGUUCAAAUGGACACGUUUAGGCCUCACCCUGCGUGUGUAAUGCAAAUGACUUGUAUACAAUGGAAUUACAAUGACAAAAUUGCAGAAAGUGCACCAUCAAGCCGAUAUCUUCAGACAAAAACAUUAUUGAUUCACAAAAUAUAGUUAUGUAAUAUUGUGCAACGGCAGCAGGGAGUUUUUGAGCAUAAUCUUCAAUAACCAAAAAUGAGUGAGACUGGCUUUCAGUCUUUCAGCUUCACCGUGUUUCUGUUUUUAAUGUGUCGUCAUUUAAAUAAAAGUCUCUUCUUUUUUGCAUAAGCCACAAAAACUGUCAUUUAUAAUCUUUUGAAAUUUUGUGCAAUGCGCAGAUUUGAGAACAUACUCCUGUCAUAUUUGCGGCUCAACCUUCAGUCAGCAGAUAUCACUACAACAAGCUCUUUAUUGUACGUCUUACUUUUGGAAGAUUUUUUUAUAUUGCAUUAUAUGUGUUCCCACGCUUUUUCCAGUCAUUCAGUUGUUUAAUUUUCAAAUUUUACACAGAUUGCACUGAGCACAAGCAGUUUCUUAUAGCUGAGCAUAACUAGAAACAUGUAUAUUCACUGUCAAUAUUUGUCAUUUCUGUGCAACUUGCAAAACCAAACAGCCUGUUUCUCUGAGUUUUUCUUGACUGUGGGAAGCUUGGUUAUAUAUUUUGUAGCUUUUGGAGCUUUAAGUUCACUCUUUGUGUAUGUUUGGGCAUGUGGGAGUUGUAUAAAAAUUUUAAUGUUUUUAAAAAGCACAAUUUCUUAUUUCAGUGGUUAUGGGAGAAUGAGAUGAGAUGUGAGUCAGAGAAUUCGACUCGUCUGUCAACUAACAAAUUAGAGAUUCUGUGAUUUCUACAUGCUAAAAGAAUGUAACAUUUUAAUGUAAUCCAUGCCUCUCUUUCUGACAAAAACGUAGCUGAACUUCAUUCAACUGUGGGUUUAAAUGAAUAAAAUUAUUGUAAAUAUG